ACCGCUUCUCCAAGUUGGGGCUCAGAGGGGCGCCAUCAUGAGCGAUGUCACCAUUGUGAAAGAAGGCUGGGUGCAGAAGAGGGGAGAAUAUAUAAAAAACUGGAGGCCAAGAUAUUUCCUUUUGAAGACAGAUGGCUCAUUCAUAGGAUAUAAAGAGAAACCUCAAGAUGUGGACUUAGCCUAUCCUCUCAACAAUUUUUCAGUCGCAAAAUGCCAGUUAAUGAAAACAGAACGACCAAAGCCAAACACUUUUAUCAUCAGAUGUCUCCAGUGGACCACGGUUAUCGAGCGGACAUUUCACGUCGACACCCCGGAGGAAAGAGAAGAAUGGACCGAAGCCAUCCAGGCUGUUGCAGACAGACUGCAGAGGCAAGAAGAGGAGAGAAUGAACUGUAGUCCCACGUCACAGAUUGAUAACAUCGGGGAGGAAGAAAUGGAUGCCUCUACAACACAUCAUAAAAGAAAGACAAUGAAUGAUUUUGACUAUUUGAAACUACUAGGUAAAGGCACUUUUGGAAAAGUUAUUUUGGUUCGAGAGAAGGCAAGUGGGAAGUAUUAUGCUAUGAAGAUUCUGAAAAAAGAAGUUAUCAUUGCAAAGGAUGAAGUGGCACAUACUCUAACAGAAAGCAGAGUAUUAAAGAAUACUAGACAUCCCUUUUUAACAUCCUUGAAAUAUUCCUUCCAGACAAAAGACCGUUUGUGUUUUGUGAUGGAAUAUGUUAAUGGGGGAGAGCUGUUUUUCCAUUUGUCGAGAGAGCGUGUGUUCUCUGAGGACCGCACCCGCUUCUACGGUGCAGAAAUUGUCUCUGCUCUGGACUAUCUGCAUUCUGGGAAGAUUGUGUACCGUGAUCUCAAGUUGGAGAACUUGAUGCUGGAUAAAGAUGGCCACAUAAAAAUUACAGAUUUUGGACUUUGCAAAGAAGGCAUCACGGACGCGGCCACCAUGAAGACCUUCUGUGGGACCCCAGAAUACCUGGCCCCAGAGGUGUUAGAAGAUAACGACUAUGGCAGAGCUGUGGACUGGUGGGGCCUUGGGGUGGUCAUGUAUGAGAUGAUGUGUGGGCGCCUACCUUUCUACAACCAGGACCAUGAGAAGCUUUUUGAACUCAUACUCAUGGAGGACAUUAAAUUCCCCAGAACACUCUCUUCAGAUGCAAAAUCUUUGCUUUCAGGGCUCUUAAUAAAGGAUCCAAAUAAACGCCUUGGUGGGGGACCAGAUGAUGCAAAAGAAAUUAUGAGACACAGUUUCUUUUCUGGAGUGAACUGGCAAGACGUGUAUGAUAAAAAGCUUGUACCUCCUUUCAAGCCGCAAGUAACCUCUGAAACAGACACCAGAUACUUUGACGAAGAGUUUACGGCGCAGACAAUUACAAUAACACCACCUGAAAAAUAUGAUGAGGAUGGGAUGGACUGCGUGGACAAUGACCGGCGGCCGCACUUCCCUCAGUUUUCUUACUCAGCAAGUGGACGAGAGUAGUUCUCUUCAUCCCGCUGCUUCACUGUCAUCUUAGACGUAUGACUGACGUGAUUCCUGGACCUCGCCACCUGUCCUAGCUCUUACAGGUAGCAGGAGCACCUCAAAGCGUCCCAGACCAGUCAAGGGUCUUCACCCCAGUCACCUUUCGCCCACAUGAAAACACACAUAUAUGCAAACACACUCAACUUUUUUGUUUUUGCAUGAAAUUGUAUCUCAGUCUAAGGUCUCAUGCUGUUGCUGCUACUGUCUUACUAUU